UUGUGCAUUUUUGGUGCCUUAUCAUUUCUUUUCAUAAUUUUUUUCUAUGUAACUCAUUUAGGACAACCUGGACAACCUGGAGGCGGAUUCCCUCAACAGGGCGGCGGCGGUUUCCAUCCACAGCCAAAUCAAGGCGGAUUCCACCCGAAUCAAGGUGGAUUCCAUCCGCAACCGAACCAAGGCGGUUUCCAUCCCCAAGGUGGAUUCCAUCCUAAUGCUGGAGGUUUCCGCCCUGGCAGUGGUGUCGGUUCAUCGGCUAGCAGUGGAAUGUUCAAAAAGGCUCUCAUUGGUGGAGCCAUCGGAGCGGUUGGAGGUUUGGUAGCUUACGAAGCUGGCAAGGCUAUAAUCAAAUCGGCUACGGCACCGUUCAAUCACGAUGGGCACAACUACUAUUGGGACAAUCACUACCAACAAAAACCCAAUGAGAUAAUGUGCUCAAUGCCUCUCAGCCAACUGCAACAGCUACAAUUUGCGGACGGAACUCGUCCGAAAACGAUCAGCUGGGGCUGCAAGAAAGGUGUCGAGGUGUGUUGCGGUACUGAUUGCUGUCCUGCCCCAGUCAGCAACAACAACAACAACAACGCAGCUGGUGGUGGAGGCGUUGGUGGCAGCGGAGCUGCGGGUGUUGCUCUAGGCAAUGAUGAGCCAACUGGCACUAUUGGAGACGGCAUUGGAGUGGCAGCAUAG